CGGGACCGGUAGUCCGCGCGGCGGCGCUGCUGAGGGGAGCAGGCUCCGCGCCAUGGCGAUGAGUUGGGCCGUUCUCUGCGCGCUCGGGAUCGCCCUCGGGACGGCGGCGGGCGGCGAUGGAGCCAGCGGGCUGUCUGUCCCCGACGUGGUCACGCUCGAGAACGGCAGCUCCACAAACGUCCCUGUGACGCUACGUUCUCCACUGAAUGAAACCUUGGUGAUAACUUUUAACAUUACCUAUUCAUCCAAGAAUGGAACCAUUGUUGAACUACCCAGGCAAGUAGACUUCCCUGCUGGGUUAACUAAUUCAACCUUUGAAGUGAAAGCCAAAGACGUUGGCCAAGUUACAGUUUACCUUCAUACCAGUAAUUCCAACCAAACUGGCCCAAGGAUUUGCUUUCAGGUGCUUCAUAGUCAGAUACUGCGAUACGUAGACCAGGUGAUUGGCUGGAUCUACUUCUUAGCCUGGUCGAUCUCCUUCUACCCACAGGUUAUUGAGAACUGUCGGCGGAAGAGUGUCGUUGGGCUGAGCUUUGACUUCAUUGCAUUAAACCUCACUGGCUUCAUAGCAUACAGCGUAUUUAACGUGGGACUCUUCUGGAUUGUUGCCAUCAGGGAGCAGUUCCUACAUCAGUAUCCCAAUGGCGUGAACCCUGUGGAAAGCAGCGAUGUCUUCUUUAGUCUUCAUGCAGUAGCUAUCACGCUGUUUAUCAUUGUUCAGUGCUGCAUAUAUGAGAGAGCUAGCCAGAAAGUCUCCAAAAUUGUGGUUGGGCUGCUGGCACUUGCAUGGAUCUUCACCUUCACCAUGCUGUCUCUAGCUGCGGCUGACCAGAUCACAUGGCUACAGUUUUUAUUCUUCUUCUCGUACGUUAAACUGGGAGUCACGCUGAUCAAAUAUUUUCCACAGGCAUACCUGAAUUUUCGUCGCCAGAGCACGGUGGGGUGGAGCAUCGGAAACGUGCUGCUAGACUUCAUUGGUGGGAGCUUCAGCCUCCUUCAGAUGUUUCUGCAGUCGUACAACAACGAGGAAUGGAAGCUGAUCUUUGGAGAUCCCACCAAGUUUGGGCUGGGCCUCUUCUCCAUUGUCUUCGAUAUCCUAUUUAUGAUCCAGCAUUACUGCCUCUACAGGACACGAGGAUAUGAGCCUUUUGACUGAGGCCUUUGGCCCGUGUGGACACCAGCAUGGGAUGGGUUGGCCUUAUUGCACUUCUGUUCCUCUUCGCCAGGGACUGCAGUUAGCUCCCAUCCCCCUGAAUGCCAAAUGCCUUAAAAGGAUACCACGCUAUGCACCCAUUGACCCGGGAAGAGAUUACCUCUUCAAGCUACUUUGGAACCAGCCUGGCUUGGGCUGUCCUAGCUGCAGCUCCCCUCACUGCUCUAACAUGGGUGCAAUUAUGCUGCGUCUCCUUUAUGCUAGUUUCCAAAGAGCCAGAACCCAGGACAGCAAAAUCCCUUGCCAUCAGGGCCCUAAUACAACCAAUGCUAACAAAGUAACAGAGGAACAGGUAGUUCUGGCACAGAGCAGGAUCCAACCACUUUGCCUCCCCCGUCCAAACCAGGCUGUACAAGUAGGACAAGCUGCUGACACUUAUUUGGACAUGGGUAGCAAGGGACACCCCAGUCCUGCAACGCAUUCCAUAACAGCCAGUGGCUUUCUUGCACUUAGUAAGUUCAGCCAAUGUGUUCACUUGAGCAGCUCCUCUGUCACUCAGCUUUUCUUCCCUAAGGUGCUAAGAUAAGUAGCCCAGAUCAAGUGUGAGACUUUACUGCACUAAAUAGCAAGCUAUUGACACCUGGUUCUGGGGAAGUGCCUAGAGGUGUGUCUGCCAAGACAAGAACAGCCGGUGUGAGAACUCCACGCGGGCUGGGUUCAACAACUUAAGAAUUAAAAACUUGUACGAUGCGUUUUAAAGCCUUUGCCCUUUCCUGAGUGUUCUGGGCCAUAACUAAGCAGUUGUAGCCCCUUCCAAGCAGAUGUCAAAACAGGGACAUCCCCCAAGGAAGGGAGGCAGGAGGGGAAGGGUACUUACGGGAGAGGGUGGCGAGUAAUACCUGCUGGGCCUUGCUGUAGUAAACCGUCAGUUCAACUGCAAGAUUAGGCAGGGUUGUUCCAACCCUGGAUUUCUGCCAAAUUCAGAUGACAGGCCUCUUUCCUGUGAGACCCCCCUACCUGGGUACUGUCUGCUGCAACUCAUGCCAUCACUGCCCUUUCAUUGCUCUACCUUGCGUGGGCAGCCACAUGUUUAAAAGGCAACCCUUGCUCUGAGGCAACUGAACGGGAGAGGCAGGAAGACGACGCUGAAGCGGGAAGCAACGUUGUUUUAAAUGUGAAAAGAAGGCAGUUUAAGAAAUCCAGCUUGUUUUAUUGUGUGUAAAAUCAAGUGAACCAGCAGUACAAACAGCAGUGUGUACACUGCUACAGUAACAAAAAUAACAGCUUUACCACAACUUGUCAUUGAAGGUACAAAAAGUCAGGAAUAUUGGAAUUAUACAGUAUAAAGUAUUAACAAACAAGGCAGAGAGGCAGCUGCUGGUACACAGACAGACUAUUCUUGGAGAUGUGUUAAUGAAGAUUAAAGCCUCACUAUAGUCAACCCCUACAUGGCACUGCAGUCAUGUGCUGAAAUAAGUUAGUCUAACACCUCCUCAGUGUCUAUUUACAAUAACCUGAUGCCUGUGGAGAAGAGCAUAAC